UAUAUAAAUCUUUCUAUUUUCUGGAAAUGCUUAGAUCGUACUCAGAACCAUUUGUGAUGAAUCUUUCAAUAAAGCUACGGCUUUUACAUUUGAUCUUUCAUUGUAUAAGCCAUAAAGAGUCUCAUUUACUAAUAAAGUUCCAUUCUUUUUGUUGUAUUCUUUUUGCAGGGCUUGCAAACCUCUCUAUUACAGGUUGUGGAAGCGAUGAUCUAGAGCUCAAACAAGAGAUGGAGAAGCAGUUUGUGGAUCUACUCACGGAAGAGUUGAAGCUGCAAGAAGCAGUUGCAGACGAGCAUAGUCGUCACAUGCAUGUUACACUUGGUGAAGCAAAAAGAGUUGCUUCACAGUACCAAAAGGAGGCUGAGAAGUGCAACGCUGCCACGGAAAUUUGCGAAUCAGCUAGGGAGAGAGCUCAAGCAUUGCUGCUCAAAGAGCGAAAGAUCACUUUGUUGUGGGAGCGGAGAGCUCGGCAAUUAGGUUGGGAAGGUGAGUAAGUAAUCCACUGUUUAGUGACUUCUUCUCAGUCUACCCUGAAGAGCUUCUCGAUGGAAGCAAACUAGAUUUCCUCUUCCGCAUACAGCUCAUGUGAACAUGGGAAUCGCUUAAUUCUCAAGGCAAUGUUUUUAUCUCCCAUGUUCUUUAUAUAUGUAGCAUUUUUUUUUGUUUUUCUCUUGGAUCCGAAUAUAGCUAAAGAAAGAGUUGGCUUGUAUUGACUUUUCUUCAGAUAUAUUUUUGUCCAGUCACAUUGGGCGAGAGAAGUCACCGACUUCUGUAUU